AUGGUGUCUGAUUUCUUGCAGGCAAGUGCUGGACAGCUUAAACAACAAUGGACAGAUUGGACGAGAUGGGUCCAUCGGGCGCGUGAGGGCAGGGGAAAGGAGGGGGAGAGGGGGGGGGGGGGAGCGCAGAUUGCACUGAAUGACAACACAUUUCUCCUUCUUUCUCAUUGGGUCAGGCAGCGAGCUGAUGUAUUACUGAUUAUGCGUCUCUUUUCUUGUUUGCCUGUAGCAUUUCCUUCAACACUUUACUGCAGUCCCAGGUCCCAUCAGCUACUCAUCAGCGCAGUGCUAGGUUAUAAGCAACAACCCCUUGUCCCUCCAGUUCAGGAAUCACAUCAGCUCGAAUGA